GUUAAAUACAAGAAACUGGUUUAGGCUCGUCACACACUGAGCUGUCUUACUGACGCGAGACUACACCUGGAGUCACCACUACACCGUGACCAUGGCAUCGAUGUCAAUGAGCUCCUGCCUCGACAAGUCUGUGCGCCAGCACUACAUGAGCCUGCCUCAGGGAGAGAAGUGCCAGGUAACAUACAUCUGGAUCGAUGGCACCGGAGAGGGACUUCGCAACAAGACCAGAACUCUGGACAGUGAGCCAAAAACCAUAGAAGACAUUCCUGAGUGGAACUUUGAUGGUUCGAGUACAUACCAAGCUGAAGGCUCCAACAGUGACAUGUACCUCAUUCCCGUCUGCAUGUUCAGAGACCCAUUCACCCUUGACCCAAACAAACUGGUUCUCUGUGAGGUCUUCAAAUACAACCGCUUACCUGCAGAAACUAACCAUCGAAUAAGCUGCAACAAAGUAAUGGAAGAGGUUAAAGAGCACUCCAUUUGGUUUGGUAUGGAGCAGGAGUACACGCUCUUAGGAGUGGAUGGACAUCCUUUUAAUUGGCCCUCAAAUGGAUACCCGGCACCCCAAGGACCUUACUACUGUGGGGUCGGGGCACAAAAUGCCUUUGGACGGGACAUCGUAGAGUGCCACUACAAGGCCUGCCUCUAUGCAGGGAUCAAAAUCUAUGGCACCAAUGCUGAAGUUAUGCCAUCUCAGUGGGAGUUCCAGGUGGGUCCCUGUGAGGGCAUUGAGAUGGGCGACCAUCUGUGGGUCGCACGUUUCCUGCUGUAUCGUGUGUGUGAAGAUUUUGGUGUUGUUGCAACACUGGACCCCAAACCAGUUACAGGCAAUUGGAACGGUGCUGGUUGCCACACGAAUGUCAGCACCUAUAAGAUGAGGGAAGAAGGAGGACUGCCAUACAUCGAGGAGGCCAUCGACAGGCUGAGCAAAAGACACGAUAAGCACAUCCGUGUGUAUGACCCUCAUGGAGGUCAGGACAACAUGAGACGUCUCACAGGUCAACAUGAAACCUCAAACAUCAACGACUUCUCUGCCGGAGUGGCCAACCGGGGUGCCAGCAUUCGCAUCCCUCGCCAGGUGGGCCAAGAGAAGAAAGGCUACUUUGAGGAUCGCCGUCCUGCAGCAAACUGUGAUCCAUACUGCGUGACAAAGAUGAUCGCAACCACCUGCCUGCUCGAUUUAGAAGAUAAAAAGGAGAACCAGUAGGAGAAAUGUUCUGUGUGUCCCAGAACGCCACCAUAUAGAUUGUAUGCAAUACAUGGCUGAGUCUUUACUGCAGUCUGGCUUUCGGUCCUUUGCUGUAUGUCAUCCACUCUCUCUCCCCUGUCUUUCUCUGCUGUAUCUAUAAAAAACUUAGAUAGAAAUAGAAAUAUACCAUACUUCUUCUGGGCUGAUGUCUUGAAAGAUCAGUCCAUGCAUGAUGAAGAAAUGUGUUAAUGUUUAUUGUUAUUUAUAUUAUUAAUCAAUUUAAGUCACAGCAGAUCUGAGCCGAAACAUGAAACAUGAAUCAUUGUUUCUUAAAACUUGUGUUGUGUGUUGGGUGAAGUGAAAUAAAGACACAAUGUUGCUGUA